AUGGUAUUGCUUAUAUCAGAAAUUAAAGAUAUUGCCAAGAGGCUGACUGCUGCGGGUGACAGAAAGCAGUACAACUCCAUUAUCAAGUUAAUCAAUGAACUAGUGAUUCCAGAAAAUGUUACUCAAUUGGAAGAAGAUGAGACAGAAAAAAAUUUGAGAUUUCUGGUUAUGUCGCUAUUCCAGAUAUUUAGAAAGCUGUUUUCCCGCGGCGACUUGACCCUUCCUUCGUCCAAAAAGAGCACAUUAGAGAAGGAACAGUUUGUUAAUUGGUGUAGAAAGGUGUAUGAAGCGUUCAAGACGAAGCUGUUAGCUAUCAUUUCGGACAUACCUUUCGAAACAUCACUUGGGUUAGAUUCGCUUGAUGUCUAUCUUCAACUUGCAGAGCUGGAAUCAACUCAUUUUGCAUCUGAAAAGGGCGCACCAUUUUUCCCCAAUAAAACAUUCAGAAAGUUAAUCAUCGCCCUAUGGUCCUCGAACAUGGGUGAAAUAGAGGAUGUCAAAAGCUCGGGUGCGUCUGAAAAUUUAAUCAUAGUAGAAUUCACGGAAAAAUAUUAUACGAAAUUUGCAGAUAUUCAAUACUACUUUCAAUCAGAAUUUAACCAACUAUUAGAGGAUCCAGCCUACCAGGACUUGCUUUUGAAAAACGUUGGUAAAUGGUUAGCUUUAGUAAAUCAUGACAAACAUUGCUCUAGUGUUGAUGCAGAUUUAGAGAUCUUUGUACCAAAUCCCCCACAAGCCAUAGAGAACGAGUCCAAAUUCAAGUCCAAUUUCGAGAAAAAUUGGUUAUCCCUUUUAAACGGCCAAUUGUCUUUACAGCAGUAUAAGUCUAUUCUGUUAAUUUUGCAUAAGAGAAUAAUACCUCAUUUCCACACUCCAACUAAACUAAUGGAUUUCCUUACUGAUUCCUACAAUUUGCAAAGCUCUAAUAAAAACGCCGGUGUUGUUCCGAUCUUGGCUCUGAAUGGCCUUUUUGAAUUGAUGAAAAGAUUCAACUUGGAAUAUCCAAAUUUUUAUAUGAAACUUUAUCAAAUUAUAAAUCCAGACUUAAUGCAUGUUAAAUACAGAGCAAGAUUUUUCAGGUUAAUGGACGUAUUUUUGUCAUCAACACAUUUAUCCGCCCAUUUAGUAGCAUCUUUCAUCAAAAAGCUAGCCAGACUCACCCUAGAAUCACCACCCUCUGCUAUUGUCACCGUGAUUCCCUUCAUCUAUAAUUUAAUCAGGAAACAUCCGAAUUGUAUGAUUAUGCUGCACAACCCAGCCUUCAUUUCCAACCCAUUCCAGACACCUGACCAAGUGGCGAACUUGAAAACUCUGAAAGAAAACUAUGUAGAUCCCUUCGAUGUUCAUGAAUCGGACCCUGAGUUAACUCAUGCACUGGAUUCCUCUCUGUGGGAGCUGGCGUCAUUGAUGGAACAUUAUCAUCCUAAUGUAGCCACGUUGGCGAAGAUAUUUGCUCAACCAUUUAAGAAGCUAAGUUAUAACAUGGAAGAUUUCUUAGACUGGAACUAUGAUUCUUUGCUCAAUGCAGAAUCUUCAAGAAAGUUGAAGACACUUCCUACGUUAGAAUUUGAGGCUUUCACAAACGUUUUUGAUAAUGAAGACGGCGAUAGCGAAGCGUCAUCCCAAGGUAACGUCUACUUGCCUGGGGUAGCAUGGUGA